ACCCGAACGCGGGGCCAUGGGGAGGAGGAGAAGCCCAGGCGGGUGAGGAGCGAGCGCCUGGUCCGGGGAAGCCCCGUCUGGGGGCCAUGGGGGGCCAGGUGAGGCUGCCGCCCGGAGAGCCCUGCCGAGAAGGCUACGUGCUGUCUCUGGUCUGUCCGAACUCCUCCCAGGCUUGGUGUGAGAUCACAAAUGUGUCACAGCUGCUGGCUUCUCCUCUCCUCUUCAGGGACCUGAAUUCCAGCAUAACCAACUUGAGCAUUUCUGCAAAUGUAGACAACAAAUACAAUCUUUAUGUAGGUCUGGUACUGGCCAUGAGUUCCAGUGUUUUUAUUGGCUCCAGCUUCAUAUUGAAAAAGAAGGGCCUCUUGCAACUGGCCAACAAGGGCGUUACUAGAGCUGGACAAGGUGGGCAUUCUUACCUCAAGGAAUGGCUCUGGUGGGCAGGAUUACUCUCAAUGGGAGUGGGAGAAGCUACAAAUUUUGCAGCUUAUGCUUUUGCACCUGCCACCUUGGUCACCCCACUGGGCGCUCUGAGUGUUCUCAUAAGUGCAAUAUUGUCUUCCUAUUUUUUAAAUGAGCACUUGAACAUUCAUGGGAAAAUAGGCUGCAUAUUAAGUAUAUUGGGAUCAACUGUGAUGGUUAUCCAUGCUCCGAAAGAAGAGGAAGUCGCAUCUUUGCAUGAAAUGGAAAUGAAACUGAGAGACCCAGGAUUUAUUUCCUUUGCUGUGAUUGUAACUGUGAUAGCCUUGGUGCUGAUUUUGAUCGUGGCUCCCAAGAAAGGACAGACCAAUAUAUUGGUCUACAUUUCAAUCUGUUCAUUAAUUGGAGCAUUUUCAGUUUCUUCCGUCAAGGGCCUGGGAAUUGCCAUUAAGGAACUAUUGGAAUGGAAGCCAGUUUACAAACAUCCCCUGGUCUUUGUUUUGCUGGCUGUACUUGUGCUUUCAGUGACAACACAGAUUAACUAUCUCAACAAAGCAUUGGACACCUUUAAUACGUCUCUUGUGACUCCCAUUUAUUAUGUGUUCUUCACAUCCAUGGUAGUGACUUGCUCCGCCAUCUUAUUCCAAGAAUGGUAUGGCAUGAAAGCUGGAGAUGUCAUCGGGACCUUGAGUGGGUUCUUCACCAUUAUCACUGGCAUCUUCCUUCUACAUGCUUUUAAAAACACUGACAUCACCUGGAGUGAGCUGACAUCCACUAAGAAAGAAGUCUUCUCUCUGAAUGGCCGUGAAGACAAAUACGCCUUAUUAGAGAACAUAGAAUGUUCAACCUCAGAAUACAAUGAUGACAUUACCUUGUUUACCAGGACUAAUGAUUAAAGUAUCUAGAAACCCCGAACUGUAAUCAAUCUGAAACACUUGGAGAGGAGAAGGAAUACCUGAUUCUUGGAAGAACUAUUAGGAAAGCUGGCAUUUUUAAAGUUCUAACUAGUAUUUAGAUGUGAGGCCAAAUAAAAAUGCCUUCAUUUUUGGCUAUCAAAUUUGAAAAUCAAGGUUUUGAUCCUCCCCCAGAAGACUCCUGCUGUUGUUCAUUUCUGCAAACUUGAAAUAUUCCCUAUGCAUAAAAGAAAUCAAAGAGUUAGAUGAGUCUCAGAAUCAUCUCUUUCUUCUGGUCAUAAUAUAUUUGGCCCUGCCGGGUGGCUCUUAGUUUCUUUCGCUGCUGUUCUUAGCCUCGCAGUAACUCCUAGAUGAACUUCACUGUGUGCUGAUAAGCAGCGUAUCAGUCAUCAUUCUCUGAUGAGUCCUGGUUCCAAAUUAUUAAAACUGAGACGUGAAUCACUUCUGCUUUUCCUCCCCUCCCACAACUUCCUUCUUUCUAAGCCGGACAGCGAAAGGGUAGAGGGUUAAAGAGAAAAAUAGGCCUGCUUUGGAAUCUGUCCCUUGGUGAGCUAGAAUGCACAAGACACACAUACCAAUGAAAGGCUUAUGAAUUGUUAAUUUAUUGAUAUAUCAUAGAAUAUUAUUACUAAUUAAAAAGGGGAGAAUGGAGGAGGGAGAAAAAUAUUUUAUCCUUUAGGUAAAUGAAACACGUUUUUUUUUUUUUUCUUUCCACGAAAACAAAAACAAACACAAAUACUUGUCUUCACUUGUUCUUUUAACUCAGACCUGGACAACAUAAGACAAAAUUGAGUUUCUGGAGAAGUCCAAGCAAAUUCACUCUUGGAGUUAUUUAUCUUCCUUUUGUUCCUUUCUUUCACUAUUAUACCAAAGGUCAUUUUUUGUUGUUGUUGACAUAUAGACUUUUGUAAAGUAAUUGCUAUAUUAUUUUAGGAUUAUAUUGUACACUUCAACUUUUCUGAAAUGUUUGAUCCUCAAAGGGUGGGUUUUCCACAGACUGUUUGAAAACAGCUAGAAAAAUCUUUGUGAAAAACCUAAAUGAGUUAUCAUAAUUGUUCUCUUGAAAUUUGACACUUUCACCCUUAUUAAGGAAAUUAUAAUUAGCUACUAACCUUUUU